AUGCCAACAUGGAUAAAAACAAAACAAGAGGAAUUGAUUAUUGACAAUCAGUAUGAAGACGUUGACAUCACCAGUUUUAGUGACAUGCAAAAUUUAGCUUACCGUAUCGUUCAGUCUCAUUUUGAUGACAAAUCUUUGGGCAAAGAGCCAUUUUGCCUAAUCAUUAAUGGAGUUGCCGGCACUGGUAAAAGUUAUCUUAUUAAUGCAAUACGAAACCUAUUGCAAACCAAAUGUGCUGUAACCGCUACAACAGGUAAAGCCGCUUAUAAUAUUAAAGGUGUGACAAUACAUUCUUUAUUAAAACUACCUGUUGGUUCAAGAGGUGCGAAAGAUCUCACUGGCCACAACUUGUGUAGAUUACAGCAAAACCUUAAAGACAUUGAUUACAUCAUUAUUGAUGAAUAUUCAAUGCUUGGUCAAGUCACUUUUGGCUGGAUAGACAAACGAUGCAAACAAGCCACUGGCUGUUACAAUAAGGUAUUUGGUGAAAAAUCGUUGAUUUUGACUGGAGAUCCUGGUCAAUUACCACCUGUUGCUGAUAAACCUUUGUAUCAUGCUAAACCGUCCAAUGCUGUCGGUGACCAAGGACAUCAAGCUUAUAGAAUGUUUAAUAAAGUCAUUAAACUCACUGUGAAUCAAAGAGUGCAAGGUAUGACAUCUGAUCAAGUAUUGUUCAGGGAUUUAUUAUUGCGCCUUCGAAAAGGUGAAUCAACAUUAGAUGAUUGGAAAUUACUUCUUACACGUCAACCAUCAAGUGUCAGUGAUUUAUCAGCAUUUGAUGAUGCAACUAGACUUUUCUAUAGUAAUGAGCAAGUUGCCAAUUACAAUUAUGAACAACUAAUAAAAUUGCAAGCUCCAAUUGCUCAUAUAAAUGCACGUCAUUCUUCUGCUGUGGCAAAGAAAAUGCCAGCUGAUGAAAUGUCUGGAUUAGAGCCAGUUGUGUUGCUGGCUAAAGAAGCAAGAGUUAUGUUGACAAUGAACCUAUGGUCAAGUGUUGGCCUGUGUAAUGGUGCAACUGGAACAGUUGGUUGA